CACGGUUGAAGUAGUUUUUGGCCUAGUUCGCGUGCCGUUACGGCGGAGCGACACGCAAAGGAUUGUGGGUGUGCGCUCCAUGUGAACUCAGUCAGGGAUCGGAGCAGGGAAAGUGCGGAGCUGUCUGGUUCUCCGACAGGCUCUCCUUGGGAUUUUGUUUGGUUUUUCUGGAUAUUUCUUCAGUAAGACUUUAAAAAUGUCAUCCAAACAAGAAAUAAUGAAUGACCAGCGCUUUAGGCGGGUUUCAAAGGAUCCCAGAUUUUGGGAAAUGCCAGAAAAGGACCGAAAAGUCAAAAUUGAUAAGAGGUUUCGAGCCAUGUUUCAUGACAAAAAGUUUAAGUUGAGUUAUGCUGUUGACAAAAGAGGGCGCCCUAUCAGCCACAGCACUACGGAAGACUUGAAACGAUACUAUGACCUUUCCGACUCUGAUUCUGAUCUCUCUGAUGAAGAAAGCAAAGUUCUGAACCAAAAGAAAGUGAAGCAGAAAAAAAAAGAAACUGGAAAAGAAGUGAAUUCAAAAGUGCUGGGUGAGGAAAAAAAGAAAGAAACCAAAAAAACUGAACAAAAGGAUCCUAUAAAUAAAAAUGAGUUCAAUAAUUCUGAAAGAAUUCAGAAAAUGAAAAACUUGUGUAAAUCUCAGAAGAUAGGUUCAGAAAUAAGUCCCAAGAAGGAUAGUGAAGAAUUUCUGGAAAAUACAAAAAGGAAAAAGAACAUCAUUGACCACAGUGCAGACUCUCUACAAAAAGGAAAAGCAAGGACCAAAGAUUCUAGUACCUCUGAAAUUGUGAAAUCUCCAACAGCCGCUUGUUCUAAGACAAAAAGAGAAAAGCAAUCAGUUAUAAUGGCAAGAGCCGAUGAUGGUGAAAUGCUCGACAAAGAUGCCCUGGAGGAAGAUUCAGACAGUGGUAGUGAAAUAGGAAGUGAUGAGGAAUCUGAAGAUGAAGUCACAAGUGAUGAUAGAACUUCAACUGAUGAUGAUGAGAAUGAAGACAAUGAAGAAGAGGAAGAUGAAGAUAGUGAGGAUGAUGAUGAAAGUGACAGUGGUCCUGAUCUUGCAAGGGGUAAAGGAAAUGUAGAAACUAGUUCUGAAGAUGAAGAUGAUUUCACAGAUUUAUUUCCAGAAGAACCUGGUUUUGAACAUGCUUGGAGAGAAUUAGAUAAAGAUGCUCCUCGGGCUGAUGAGAUUACACAUCGACUAGCAGUUUGCAACAUGGACUGGGAUAGAUUAAAGGCAAAAGAUUUGCUGGCUCUGUUCAAUUCAUUUAAGCCCAAAGGAGGAGUUGUAUUUUCUGUAAAGAUAUAUCCUUCGGAGUUUGGAAAGGAAAGGAUGAAGGAAGAACAAGUUCAAGGACCAGUAGAGUUACUGAGUAUUCCUGAGGAUGCCCCAGAAAAAGACUGGGCCUCUAGAGAGAAGCUAAGAGACUAUCAGUUCAAACGAUUGAAAUACUAUUAUGCAGUAGUGGAUUGUGAUUCUCCUGAAACAGCAAGUAAGAUUUAUGAAGAUUGUGAUGGCCUGGAAUUUGAAAGCAGUUGUUCUUUCAUAGAUCUAAGGUUUAUACCAGAUGAUACUACUUUUGAUGAUGAGCCCAAGGAUGUGGCCUCAGAAGUUGAUCUAACAGCAUAUAAGCCAAAGUAUUUCACAUCUGCUGCAAUGGGAACAUCAACGGUGGAGAUCACUUGGGAUGAGACUGAUCAUGAAAGAAUCACAACACUUAACAGAAAGUUUAAAAAGGAAGAACUAUUGGACAUGGACUUCCAGGCCUACUUAGCCUCCUCUAGUGAGGAUGAAGAGGAAGAGGAAGAAGCACCACAAGGUGAGGAUGGAGUCAGUGUAGAAGAUGGGAAAACAAAGAAAAAUCAGAAGGAUGAUGAAGAACAAAUUGCAAAAUAUAGACAGCUCUUGCAUGUUAUUAAAGAAAAAGAAAAGAAAGGAAAAGAAAAUGAUAUGGAAAUGGAAAUCAAGUGGGUUCCAGGUAAGAAUAAGUAAAAGUUUUCUUCUGAA